AGUGGUGAGAUUUGUCAAAUUAUAUCUCCUUUCAGAUUAUCAAAACACAAAGGGGUGAAUAUGACUGAUAUUGGGCCAAACUACACAGAUGGAUUUGUCCAAAUCACCUCAGAACACCAAAGCAGUUUGGAGAGUGUAUGGCGUUUCAGGGGAAGCUGUAGUACAGGAAAGGUUAUUGCAAUGAAAUGUUUUGAGUGCGGGACCAGAGCAAAGUUACCUAGGAUUGUUGGAGGAGUGGAAGCCACUCUUGGCAGAUGGCCCUGGCAAGUGAGCCUCUAUUACAGUAACCGCCACAUCUGUGGAGGAUCCAUCAUCACCAACCAAUGGAUAGUUACAGCUGCUCACUGUGUCCACAACUACAGGCUACCUCAAGUGUCCAGUUGGUUGGUUUAUGCUGGUAUUUUAACCAGCAACUCGGCUAAACUGGCUCAGUACCAAGGUUUAGCUGUGGUGAGGAUCAUCUACAACAAGAAUUACAACCACAGGACUCAUGACAAUGAUAUCGCUUUGGUGAAAUUAAGAGCUCCUUUGAACUUCUCAGACUCCAUCAGACCUGUGUGUCUACCUCAGUAUGAUUAUGAUCUACCAGGAGGAACCCAGUGCUGGAUCUCUGGUUGGGGAUAUACACAGCCAGAUGAUGUUCAUAUACCAGAGGUUCUCAAAGAAGCACCAGUUCCAUUAAUAAGCACCAAGAAAUGCAAUAGUUCUUGCAUGUACAAUGGAGAGAUCACACCUCGAAUGCUCUGUGCAGGAUUUAAAGAAGGAAAAGUGGAUGCAUGUCAGGGGGACAGUGGAGGUCCUUUGGUUUGCCAGGAUGAGAAUGUCUGGAGGCUGGUUGGUGUUGUCAGCUGGGGAACAGGCUGUGCUGAGCCAAACCAUCCAGGAGUUUAUACCAAAGUGGCUGAGUUUUUAGAGUGGAUAUAUGAGAUAAUAGAGGUAAGUAAAUGAAGAUACAGACAUCAGUGACCCUUGAAACAUAAACUUAAGCUGUUAAUUGAUGUAGGCCUACUAUUAUUAUCUACUCUUGAAUCUUGAUUCCUGUCCUA